UGAAUCGAUACUGUCAUUAGGUUCCACCAUCAUGGCUGCAGCCCUUGUUUCCCAGGUCCAGAAAGAGCUGGUUGACUUCGCCAUUAAAGAGAUUAAGCAACACGGGAAGCUUGUGAUAGACACAGAGAGAGACAUCGAGAAGCUCAUAUCCACUUUCACAGCCAUCGGAGCUCUGCUGCUGGAUGCAGAGGAGAAGGAAUUGAAGAAUGAAAGCAUCCGAGACUGGCUGAAGAAGCUCAAGGACGUGUCCUAUGAGAUCGAUGAUGUGCUGGACGAGUGGAAAACCGACAUCCUCAAGCGUCAACUCGACGGGGACGAUAAUGAUGCUGCCGACGGUGGCUGUUUGGAGGUGAAGCUGCUUCAGAUCUCUGAUGUUCUGAAACGAGUAUGCCCUUUUCUCCCUACUUAUUGUUUCUCUCCUAACGAAAUUGGUCUUCGUCAUGAUAUUGGCUCGAGGAUGAAAACAUUGAAUGAACGUCUAGACGAUAUAGACAAGGAGAAAAAAUUUCACCAUUUAACUUCCAAGCAGACAACUUCAUACUCAAGUUUGCCAACUAGUUCUGUUAUCGAUUCCUCUGACUUGAAAGUCAGACAAGGAGAGUUCUUACUAUUGCAGAGCAAGUUAUUGGAUGAUGGAAAUAAUCAAUUGGGUGUGAGAAGUAUCUCUAUCCAAGGCCUCGGUGGGUUUGGGAAGACCACAUUGGCCAAAAUGUUAUACAAUGAUAAGAAAGUGGAAGAUCAUUUCAGCAAAAGGGUAUGGGUUUGUGUCUCUACUGAUUUUGUUCAAGAAACCGUCGCGAAAGCCAUACUUGAAUCUUUCAAUCAAUCUGCUCCAAAAGACAGUUCAUUAUCAUACAUGUUGGAACGUAUCAAGUCUCUUAUGGAGGUCAAGAAGUUCCUUCUAGUUCUUGAUGAUGUGUGGGAAGAUAGUGAAAGCAAGGGGAAAGAACUCAUAAGUUCUGUUUCUCACGGAUUACCAGGAAGCAAAAUCUUGGUGACUACAAGAAAAGUGGAAGUUUCUCACGUGUUUCGUUGUAUCAACAAAGACAUUUUGCCUCUACAAAAGAUAUCUGAUGGUGAAUGUCGAGCUAUUUUCACACAAGUUGCAUUUUAUGGAUGGAGCGAUGAGGAGAGAGAACGUGUGGAAGAUCUUUGUGGGAGAGUGAUAGAAAAGUGUUCUGGUUCACCGCUUGCAGCAAAAGUUUUGGGAGGGGUACUACAUGUGAAAAGGUAUAAAAGGGAAUGGAUUAAGCUUCUGGGAAGUGAAAUGUGGCAGAUAGAGAAAGGCAGAGACGAAGUUCUUGCUCCUCUAGCUUUGAGUUACUAUGAUUUGCCUCCGACGGUUAGACAGUGCUUUCAGUUUUGUUCUGUAUUUCCGCAGGAUUCCAUAAUGAUGAAGGAGGAACUGAUUAAGUUGUGGAUGUCACAAGGUUUUCUGAAAGCAACAACGAAGCAAGAUAUGGAGGAGGUCGGUGAAGAGUACUUUCAAAUGUUAGUUAUGCGGUCAUUCUUUCAAGAUGUGGAGAAGGGGUGGAAGUUGGGCGAGGAAAGAACAUUAUGCAAGAUGCAUGAUUUGGUUCAUGAUUUUGCCCGACUCACAACCAAUGAGGUUCGUCAUUUGAUGGUAGAAUACUCGAGUAGCGAGGGAAUCAACAACCUCAUUUCCUCCGUUUCUUCGCACCUCUCUCCAACAAAGCACAAUAAUUAUCUGCGUAGUUUCACAAUGAGAAAUGGAAGUGCUAUUGGACCUGAUGUAUAUGCUUGUUUGAGAGGCAUAAGAUCGUUAAUCCUCUAUUCUUGUUAUCUGAUAGAAAUACCAUCGACAAUCGCCCAACUGAUCCAUUUGAGACAUUUGGACUUGUCCAGCAACCAAUACUUGACGGAAUUGGCAGAAGAAAUAUGCGAGUUGUAUAAUCUCGAGACUCUGCUCCUCAACUACAACCGGAAUUUGCAGAUGCUCCCCAACGGAAUGGGGAAUAAGCUAGUGAACUUAAAGCAUCUUGAAAAUCACAUGGUGCCAGCGGUGCUCCCACGAUCGAUGGCCAGGUUAGGUAAUUCCUUGAAGACAUUAACCACAUUUACUGUAGAGGCUGAUAGCGAGGGAGCUACUAAUGUUGGGGAUCUAGAGUGCAUGAACCGAAUUCAGGGAUUCCUUAGAAUAGCAGGGUUGGGCAAUGUAACAAACUGCGAGGAGUUGAAGCGUGCAGAGCUCGCCAAAAAAGAAUCCCUGACUGCUUUAUGUCUGGACUUCGGCUCCAAUGAAGAAGUAGUCAGCCCCGUGGAGGAACAAGUGUUGGAAGCCAUAAUACCAUCGUCAACAAGCUUGGAAAGACUGCAUGUAGUGAAAUACAGGGGAGGAAGCAUAUUCCCUGGAUGGUUGAUGUCACUCUCCAACUUAACAUUCCUGGGAUUCGAGGUGUGCCCUGAAGUGGAGCAUCUUCCCCCUUUGGGCGCCCUGCCCUCCCUCGAGAAGCUUGUCUUGUGUGGCAUGGAUAAAGUGAACAAGGUUGGCCUAGAGUUGUUGUUGGGGUUGAGUAGCAACAACAAAGGCCGUGAUGAUAUUAUUGCGUUCCCCAAGCUCACGCUGCUUAUGAUUGAGGAGAUGGUGAAUUGGCAAGUGUGGGAUUUUGAGCGUGGUGAUGAGGAAGCCGGGAUGUUGAUCAGCUCGGCGACGGUCAUGCCCCGGCUGCGUCAUUUGGAGUUGAGAGGGUGCGAGAAGCUUGACAAGGUGCCGGAUGUGAUUCUCCGGAAACCCACUCUGGAGCGGCUGGUAAUAGAAAAGAGCGGCGGGCUGGGGAGCUACAGGUUCAAGUUCAACCGUGAGGAUCCCGAAAUGGUGCCGAAUGAGGUGUGGGACAAAAUCUGUCACAUCCCCACCAUUCUCCUCGACAAAAUGGACAUCCGAACAGUGUUCAAGAGCGAGAUAGAAGCCAUGUCGGGGAUCGGCGGCUGCUCUUACAGCAAACAUGAUUAGAAAAAAGCUGGAGAUGAUGAUUGAUGACGACGAACACCAUGACAUGACGAAGAAAUACGUCAAAUGUGAGCAGAGCAACAGCAGCGCAUUCAUUCGUUCUUCGUUCAUCCGCUAGCAGCUGCCACCCGCAUCCGGCUAUGCAUGCCCUUCGUGCCUCUCAUUUUACAGCGCAGCUUAAUUUCAGAUUGCGCUUCAAGUACUAUGAUCACAUUUGCUUGGUUUUAAGACGACAAUAAGAGUUUGCAAACAGAACCUCUGUCUCGAUCGAAGAAGUCUGUCUGCUGUAUGAUUGUGUGUUUGUUUGUUUUGUGUCGUUGUCCUCUCUGGAGCGAGCGUUACCGGAGCUGCUCAUCUAGUGGCAUAACAAACUCUCUCGUUCUUGAUUGGUAGUAUGCUACCGUAUGUAUCGCUGUUAAGCGUCUUGUUAAUUCAUCUUUUCUGCUUGUUUUUUUCAUUCUUGGCUUAUGUUGGUGAGAACAGAAGAAAACAGAGCCUUUGAGCCUGUAGUAUUGCCAAUAAAUUGAUCAGUGUAAGCCUGCGUGCAUGUUUUGAGACACAUGGAUCAUCAUCGGUUAAACUUGGUAGCGACAGCAGCCAUAAAUGUAUUUGUGAAAUGUAUGC